UUCACAUUUGUACCCAAUCUAUAUAGCUACCUGUACGUCUCACGUAACGUAAUAUUUUCGUAGAAAUUUUCAGAAUUAUUUGGUAAAAAUAAACUUAAGUUACAAUGUCUUUUAUGGGUGGAUUAAUGGGUGAUUUUGAUGACGAUCCAUUUUUUGGCGCUCAUAUGCGAUCCAUGCGUCAAAUGAAUAACAUGAUGAAUUCUCUAUUUGCUGAUCCGUUUGGAAUGAUGGGAAUUCCAGCUUUAACUAAUGGACCCGGCAGAGGUUCACAGGAUAGUCUUAUGCCAUUUGGAUUUCCAGGAAUGAAUCUUAACAUCAAUAGAUUGUUAGGAGGAUCAUUGGAUUCCUUGGCCAACGAUGCAGGAAAUGGAAAUUGUCACAGCUAUUCAAGCAGUUCCGUAGUACGUAUGACAUCUGGGCCAGACGGUAAACCACAAGUAUAUCGUGCAUCAGCCAGUACACGUACCGGACCAGGUGGUAUACGUGAAACUCAAAGAUCUGUGCAAGAUUCACGAACAGGUACAAAGAAAUUGGCAAUUGGACAUCACAUUGGUGAACGUGCACAUGUUAUCGAACGAGAACAAAACUUAAAUACUGGUGACCAAGAAGAACGUGAAGAAUUCAUUAAUUUAGAUGAAGAAGAGGCUGAAACAUUUAACAAAGAAUGGGAAAAUAAAGCACGCGUACGCCCACCUGCACAUAGUAUUACAGGGGCACAUCGUCCUAAUCACAGACAAUUAGCAUUACCAUCAACAGCUGGUCCAACAGCCACAUCACACAGACGUUCCCGAUUGAAUAGAACAACAGGAUCACCUAUCGCGUCCCCUAGAAGGGCAUUACGAACGACGACAGUACCCAAUACUAGCUCAAGCACAGCAUUAGUUCCAUCUUCGCGCACACCAUACAGCCCACCGGGUCAAACAGCACCAAAUCGUAGACAUCAACGGAACAUAAAAACAGUGUCUGGACCACCAGAUCUGUGAAUUAUUCGUUCGGUAUAAUUAUAAAAAUACACAAAUUUUUUUUUUUCAAUUUGUGUUUAGUGCUAUUUUUUUAAAUCAGUU